AUGGGCUCUAUAACCGAAACUCUGCAAUUUGACAUCCCCGAGCUUUGUAAAGCUGGGGUUGUGGUUAAUGAGGGGCCUGACUUUCGGGUUGAGGUGCAAAUGGUGCCGGUGCCUGAGCCCGAUAUUCAUCUCAUGCAGGGAGAUCUUGGUAUGCCGCCCAUGUCAACAUUUGGCGUGCGAUCUCCGGGCCACGAGGGUGCUGGUAUCGUAGUGAAGGUGGGUGCGAAUGUAAAGAAUUUCAAGCUGGGCGAUCGAGCUGGAGUCAAACCGAUUGUUGAUACUUGUGGAACGUGCGCUAUGUGUUUGGUCGACAAGGAGACAUACUGCAAGGCAGCUAUUCAUAGUGGCCUAAUGACGGCUGGCACAUAUCAGCAAUACCUAGUUUCACCCGCCCGAUGGAAUUCCCGACGAAAUCGCUGCACCGAUCAUGUGCAGCGCAAGUACGAUCUAUCGAUCGCUCGUCGAAUCCAACCUUCGUGCCGGAUCCUGGGUAGUAUUUCCAGGGGUGGUGGCGGCGUCGGAAUCCAGGGUGUACAACUCGCCAAGGCAAUGGGAAUGCGACCUAUCGUUGUAGAUACCGGGGCCUCAAAACGCGAACUGUCACUUAAAAUGGGAGCCGAGGCUUUUGUGGACUUUAUUGAAACUGAUGACUCCGCAAAAGCAGUCAUCGAGAUUGCCGAUGGGGUUGGAGCCCACGGUGUCUUCGUCACUGCACCUGCGGCGUAUAAGACUGCCGUCUCCUUCAUUGGAAAUCGGAUUGGUUCUAUGAUAAUGUGUAUUGGGCUACCACCUGCGGGCACGAUGAUUUUAGGGACAGAUCCUUGCGAAUUUAUUUUUAAGAAUCUUAGUAUCAAGGGGACCUUGGUCGGUAGUCGAAGUGAUACGGCUGCAGCGUUGGAUUAUGCGAAACGGGGUAUGUUACAUCAGAUUUGCGAGGUUUAUCCUAUCAAUCGGUUGCCAGAAGGUGUCGAGAAAUUGCGCAAGGGGCAAGUUGCCGGGCGCAUUGUGGUGAAUUUUGAUUGGGAGGAAUAA